AAAAACUCACCGGCCACUGGGCCGUAAACUUAUUUCCGAUCUGAGCUUGGAGCUGAACACAACCACCCGGACCAAAUCAGCAGUAGCAGUGGCCAUGAAGUGCACUUUGCUAACCACCUUGCUGGCGACCCUGGCGGCUUCUUCGUUGGCCGCCCCCUUCGAUUUGGGUGAUCUCUUCACGGGCUUACAGCCGUUGGAGAAACAGGAAGUGGUGAAGCGGCAGGUGGAGGCCAAUCCCGAUGCCGAGCUGAAGCAGAUCUCGUUCCACGGCCUCAUCGGCGAUCUGGAGGACAGUCUGUUCCAGUCAGCCUUGAGUCUGCACCAUGCCAGCGCCCCGGGCAGCGAGGUGGAGGAGGUGAAGCCUGAAUCCCAGGCUGCGAUCACUGAGGACGAUGAGCACGCGCUGACCAAGCGAUCCGAUGAGUCCACGCCGGCCACUUCAGCCGUCUCGACCGCGGACGACGGAUUGGCUCGCAAGAUUCUGCUGCAAACCACCAGGAAGGUGCCCGAUGGGGAGGAUGGUGUGCCCGCCCACUUGAUAAUCGAUCACGUGUCCGUGCAGCCACACAAUGGUGGUGCGCUGCCACUGAUUCCCACCUUCCAGGUGCACCACACCAAGCUGAUCUCGGCCACCAUCAAGGAGGAUUCCAAUAACGACAGCAGCGAUGGCAAGCAGACCAAGAUUAGCAUCACCAAAACAUCGAUUACGUCCACGGCACCAAUUGAGAGUGUGGAGGAAGCGGUGGCCCUUGCUGGAUCCGCGACCAACACUGAGGAAGCCACCAGCAAGGUGGAGACGACCACAAAGGCCGUCGAGAAGGAGGAGGCUGACAAGAGCUCCACCACCAUCUUGACCAUUGUGAGCAGCUCCACUUCCAGCACCACGGAGGAGCCCAUCCAGAAGCUGAAGAAGGACGAGGAGAAGCUAAAGGAGAAGGUGGCCGAGGUGGAGGCCGAUCCCGUCAUCCUCUCGGCUCGCGUUUAAGCCGGUCGACCUCUGAACCCUAUAGCUGUAGACCUCAUCUCCAACUCAUCCCGCCACUCGCAUAUUUAUGACACGCCAAGUUCAAUUAAAGUCAUGUGAUUUGAUCUGAUCCGAAGCUUU